AUGGACUCUCUUGAUUCUGCUGCUCAAAGCGGGAAUUUGGAGAUGGUAAAACUGCUUAUGUCGAAAGGGUUGAACAAAGUCGAUUCUUCUCUUUCAACUGCAGUAACGCAUGGCCAUUUAGAAGUUGUGAAAUAUCUUAUGGAUAAUGGCUUGAAAGAAAAAGAAACAAUUAUUGAAGAUAGACAAGAGUUGUUUCUUAGAGUUACUAAGCCUGGUCAUUUAGAAAUUUUUCAAUACUUGGUGGAUGUGGGUGUAAAAUCAGAAAGAGAUCAUUUUAGUGAUGCAAUUUUCAGAAAUCAACAUGGCAUAUGGAAGUAUUUAUUGACAUGCGCGUCGAAGAUAAAUGCCAAAACCUAUUUCAGCGAGACCCUUCUUCAUUCGUCAGUGCGCAUGGGACAUGUGGAAACCGUCAAAGUACUCGUUAACAAUCCAGCAGACGAUUUUGAGCCGAACUCCUUAGCUAGCAGGUUGGCUGUUUACAUGGCCGUUGAAUACGGCAGUGAGGAAAUUCUGCGAGUUCUUCUAAAUGCAGGUUACUCCGUAGAAAGUUGCUUCGAAAAUACAAGUCCCAUUCACACUGCAGCGACGUUCGAACACACGCGACUAGUGAAAAUGCUCAUAGGAGCUGGGGCUGAUGUUAAUUCUCAAACUGAAGAACUUUACACCCCGUUGCAUUUUGCAGCAGCUGCAGGACAGCCAAUGGUUGUGAAGCUUCUUCUAGAAAGUGGCGCCGAUCCUUCUAAAGCAUGCAAAUACAGAGAAUUGCCAUUAAGAAUGGCUUUUAGGAUGUUUUCACCUUCAUCACUUCUGGCUCCAAUGUUUAAGAAAUUGGUCAAAAUUACAGAAAUGCUAAUUCCAUUUUCUAAAGAUGCUUCAGAAUUAUUUGGAUAUACCUUUAAUUUAAAAGUUUCAAGCAAUUGCAACAGUGGACAAAGUGUUUCAAAUUUCAAAUCUGAAGAUGAAGCAUCAAACGAGGAAGACAUGAAGAAAUCGGAAUUUCGUUCUGAAAUCUUUAAAUGCAUAUUUAAUUACCUGACUGAUGAAAAAAUCAAAUCUCAUUCAGAAUCGUUAAUAAAUAAUUAUUGUCGAAGUAAUUAUACACUAGAACAAUUGCAACUCAUAUUGGAAUAUAAUGAUUUUAAAUCAUGUGAUACUAUUCAAGUGAAUUGUCCUCUAGGACAAAUUAUGAGAGCAAAGUGCUUCUGA